AUGAAAAGUGGUGUCCUAAUACUUUUCUUUGGACUGCUAUUAACAGCAAACUGCCAAACAUGUGAUUGUGUGCCAAUUGGAAAUUCAAUUUUUGAUCAAUUUAAAAGUCCAAUCACAAACAAUGUGUGUUCAGAUGGUCAAAUAUCAAUGAAUACUACUUGUAUAUCAACCAAUUUUGAUUUUGGUAAUAUACUUGCCAAUUUUGGAACUGUAAUACUUUCAAAUGACAUCCAAAUUACUGCUCAGUGUUGGAUCAGUAUAAUGUUUUUAAAUUUAGGUACCAACUAUAUAAUUCGAAGUGACGGAUAUCUCCAUUGUCAACAUUUUAAAAUUGAAAACAACGCACUUUUGCUAAUAAACGAUUCUUUUUCUAUUGCCAAAGAAAUGGAAAUCAUUAACCCCAAAAUAGGUGAACCAAAAGUUGUUAUGUGGAAUAUCAAUAGACUUCACUUAUAUAAAAAUUCAUUCGAUUUUGAUAUAAUAAAUCCAAUUGGCAAUGAACAUUGCUUUGACAUCUUUUCAAUGAACAAUGCUAGUUGUCUGAAUUUUGAUAUCUCUGAAACAAGUCAUUUGACUCCUGGAGACUUUCCUCGUCCUUUAAAAGAAGGUACUGCAAGUCUUCUAUCAAAUGGUCGACUUCUUCGAUUUUGUCCAACAGACACACAAAAAGAUAAUAUAGUGACUUGUACUUUAAACGAUUUUUUAUACAAAACGGAGUAUAAUGGAACUGCAGAAUCUUAUCCAUUUGAAUAUCCACACUGCCCUUGUGACGAUUUAAAAACGACAUGCUAUUUACAAUUGAAUCAAACAUUAAAUGCAUUUGAUUUCAAUAAUAUAUCUAUGACAAGUACUACACUUGUUAUCUCCAAAAGUGUCCAAAUUUAUAACGCGAAUGAAAUUAAAGAAAUUCAAAUAGAAGACGACGUCAAACUGAACAUUUCUAAAUUAUACAAACAAACUUUUCUCUCGUUUUCUUUUGGGGAAAUUGGUGUAAAAAAUACAUCUGAACAAGAUAUUUAUGUAAUAACUUACACGUCACUUAUACACACUCUUUCUAUAUCAAAUCGAAUCCAAUUUGAUUUAGAUAUUAAUGAAGACAUUAAAGAAAUCAGAAUUGAUGCAAUUGGACAAGUAAAUACACUAACUUUAAAUGGUGAUAGUUUCAUUUCAUUGGGAAAAAACAUAGAAAAAUUAAAUCAAGUUAACUUGACUUCAAAUUUUACUGAGGAAAACAGUGCAAUUAUUUAUAUUGAAAAUUCAUCAAGUGUGAAUGGAAUACUUCCAAACUGUAUUUUAAUGAAGACUUUACAAACUAAAAAUGUCUGUUUAAAAUGUAUAUUAGAGUUUAUAUUAGACAACGGCAUUUGCAUUGAAGAUGCUAACUGUAUAUCUAUUAAUUCAAAUAAUAGAUGUAUUCAAUGUGAAGAUCAUUACCAUUUAAAUGACAAUAACACUUGCGUUUUAAAUGAAAUUGGCUGUUUAAAAUGGACUAAAAAUGAGUGUAUUCAAUGUGACAAUGAUUAUAUAUUAAACAUUAAACAAUGUAUUAAAAAUUCAAAUUGUUCGCUAACUAAUGGUGUUAACUGUAUAAAAUGUUUAAAUGGAGAACUUGCCAACAAUUGUGAGACGUGUAAAGAUGUCAAUUGCUUAUCGUGUGUGUAUAACAAAUGUCAAACAUGUCAAAAGAAUUUUUAUUUAGCCAAAGACGGAGUUUGUCAUCAAGUAGAAAAUGGGUCUUUUGAAAUUGGAAAUUCAAUUUUAUAUUGUGACGAUCAUUUUUAUAUCGACAAUUUAGUGUGUAAAAAAUGCACAGAAAAAGAUCCAACUUGGUCUAAAUGUGUUACUAACAAACCAACAAAAUGUGUUUCAUCCUAUUACAUGUCAGACAUUGGAACGUGUGAAUCGACAACAUGUAUCAAUGAAGAUGUUAUAGAAGAAAAUGGUCAGUGUGUUAAUAACAUCACUGAUUGUGUGUUUAUAUCCAACAAAAAGUGUGUUGAAUGUGAUGACGAUUUUAUUAUUAAUUCAGAUUUUAAGUGUUCCACAAGUGAUGUAACAACUAAUAAAACUCAUUGUAUUCAAUCAACUAAAUAUGGGUGUAUCAAAUGUACAAGUAAUUAUUAUUUAAUUAACAAUGAAUGUAAAGAAUGUGAUUCUUCCUGUGAAACUUGUGUAACAAACUCUACAUUUUGUCUUUCGUGUCCAGAGGGGACAUUUUUAAAUGAUCACAAAUGUAUUACAAAUGAAGAAUUAAUAGGAAUUUGUACACAAUUUAUACCGACUGGGGGAUGUGUGAAAUGUAAAGACAAAUAUUUUAGAAAUGGACUUUCAUGUACAAAUUGUGACACAUCUUGUGGGUUAUGUAACACCAUAGAGACGUGUCUAACAUGCAAUAUCACUAAUUAUAGAACAAUAAAUAAUAAAUGUCAACCACAAAGUAGUAUAAUAAAUUGUGCAGUAAAAGUGACUCAAAAGGGGUGUUCUAAAUGUGAAGAUGGGUUUUAUAUAGUAAAUACAAAUGAGUGUGAAAGGUGUUCAGAGAGUUGUGCGACAUGUGUAAUAUCACGAGAUAUGUGUACAUCUUGUAAUACCAACGAAGUUCUAAUUCACUCAAAAUGCUUGUCAUUUGCAUCUAUAAAGAACUGUAAAAUGGCUAAAAACUCAAAGUGCUCUAAAUGUAAUUUUUGGCACAUUCCAAGUGAAAAUGGCACAUACUGCAUAUCUAAGGCAGUCUGGUGGGUUAUUCUAAUAUUAGCAAUUUUCGUAAUUAUUAUUGUAACAUUGAUAUUAGUCGCCACUUCUUAUAUACUGAAAAAAGUCCUCAAAACUCGACACACAAAAAAGAUGGAAAAGGACACGACUGUGUUUCAAAUGUCGAAAUCGAAUAUUCAGUUUAUCGCAAUGGGAAAUGGCGUUGUGGUGAAUAAGACGGAAAUUGUAUUUAACAGUGGCGAUGAGAUAUCCGUCAAUGAAAAAGUGAGGGAAUUGUUCUGUGUAGGUAACACGUCGAAGCACAACAUGAAAGUCCAAAUUUCGACUCAACACAAUGAAAAUAUGAAAUAUGAAAUUUUGUCAAAUCCACUCACAAUUAUUUUAAAGAAAGGUUUUGCCUGCGAAUUUGAAGUGUUUCUUACACUUUUAUGUACCUCAAAAAUUGAAAGUGCUUUUGUUCUUGUCACAAACGCAUUUGACCAACAAACAGCAUUUUGUAAAGAAAUAAAAAUUUCUGCCAGAUCAAAACUUUCAACAAGACUCGACCCGGACGAUCUGAAAGAAGAGAAAAAAAUUGGCGAAGGAUCAUUUGGAGUUGUGUUUAAAGGAAGUUACCGUGGCAAUGUCGUUGUUAUUAAAAAGAUGAAAAACACCCAAGAAAGUUUGACAGAGGAAUUUACAAAGGAAGUUGAAAUGUUAGAUAAGUUCAGAAGUGAGUACAUCGUCCACUUCUAUGGGGCGGUCUUUAUUCCUUCCAAAUUCUGUGAAGUGACCGAAUUUGCACAAUUUGGGAGUUUACAAGACUUAAUGAAACACAAAAAGAGUGAAGAAGUUGAUAUAAAAAUUCGAGUUAAAAUGAUGAUAGAUGGAGCAAAAGGGAUUUUGUAUUUACAUAACAAUGGGAUCUUACACAGAGACAUUAAGCCAGAUAAUAUUUUGGUCUUCUCACUGGAUUUGAAUAAUAAAGUAAACACCAAAUUGACUGAUUUUGGAGCUUCGAGAAAUGUUAAUUUGUUGAUGACUAAUAUGACCUUCACGAAAGGUAUCGGUACUCCUAAGUACAUGGCGCCUGAAGUGUUAAAUCAAGAGAAAUACAAGAAAGAAGCAGAUGUGUAUUCGUUUGCUAUUACUAUGUAUGAGUGCUUUGGGUGGAAAGAAGCGUUUCCCAAAAAUAUAUACAAGUUCGCGUGGGAUAUAGCAGAUUCAAUUGCAAUAGGAAAGCGACCAAAGUUAGACGUGUUUAAUGAGCAACAGAAAUUAAUUAUUGAGAAAGCCUGGAAACAUGAUCCAAAACAAAGAAGUGAUAUAUCUGAUAUUAUAAAAUCUUUGGAGUCUAUGCAUUUUUAA